UCAUGAACUGGCCACGCUGGUUUGUACAGAGCGCCCAUACCCCCUGUCACAUGACGGGGGUGGGGUGUGUGACGUCACAAACCCCUCUCACAUGACGGGGGCACCUACCGGCUGAAGUCCGCCUGGGUGCCGGCAUUUUCUUUACUCCUCUUGGAGCGACGCGGGUUUGAGAAGAAACGCCGGAACUCGGUUUGAUUGAUGGCUGAAGGGGAACCGCAGGUGCAGUUCAAGCUGGUGCUGGUUGGAGACGGGGGGACGGGGAAGACCACCUUUGUGAAGAGACACCUGACUGGAGAGUUUGAGAAGAAAUACGUUGCCACGCUGGGGGUGGAGGUGCACCCCCUGGUCUUUCACACCAACAGAGGGGCGAUCAAGUUCAAUGUGUGGGACACGGCCGGCCAGGAGAAAUUCGGGGGGCUGAGAGACGGAUACUACAUUCAAGCUCAGUGCGCUGUAAUCAUGUUUGACGUCACGUCGCGUGUCACCUACAAAAACGUCCCCAACUGGCACCGGGACCUGGUGCGCGUCUGUGAAAACAUUCCCAUCGUGCUGUGCGGCAACAAGGUGGACAUCAAGGACCGGAAAGUGAAGGCGAAGUCCAUCGUGUUCCACAGGAAGAAGAACCUGCAGUACUAUGAUAUCUCUGCGAAGAGUAACUAUAACUUCGAGAAGCCCUUUCUGUGGCUGGGCAGGAAGUUGAUCGGUGACCCCAACCUGGAGUUCGUUGCCAUGCCGGCGCUGGCCCCGCCCGAGGUUUCCAUGGACCCCACGCUGGCAGCGCAAUACGAGCUGGACCUGAAGGUCGCUUCGGAAACGGCGUUACCAGACGAGGACGACGACCUUUAACCUGCUGACCCUCUAGCCUCAGGGUUCCAGAGGGGGCGGAGUUUCCCUGUUUUUUUUAAACUCCGCCCCCCCCUCCCAGAAAAAAAUGAACAUUCUGAACCAAAGCCGCUCUCUCUCUCUCUCUCUCUGUCUGUGUCUCUCUCUCUCUCUCUCUCUCUCUCUCUCUAUCUGUCUCCCUCUCUCUCUCUCUAUCUCUGUCUCUCUCUCUCUCUCUCUCUCUCUCCCUCUCUCUCUGUCUCCCUCUCUCUCUCUCUCUCUAUCUGUCUCCCUCUCUCUCUCCCUCUCUCUCUCUCUAUAUCUCUGUCUCCCUCUCUCUCUAUCUGUCUCCCUCUCUCUCUCUCUCCCUCUCUCUCUCUCUAUAUCUCUGUCUCCCUCUCUCUCUAUCUGUCUCCCUCUCUCUCUCUCUCCCUCUCUCUCUCUCUAUAUCUCUGUCUCUCUCUCUCUCUCUAUCUCUCUCUCUAUCUCUCUCUCUCUCUCUCUUUCUCUCUCUCGGUUCAAUUAUAUGCAACAAACAGCACUUAAUAAAAUAAAAGUCACAACAACAGCAAAAAAUAAUAUAAAAAAAGACCUAGGAUUACAUUAUUGUAAGUUUGCUAAUAUGAGAAGUUCAUGUGAUCCUGCCAAGCUGCAUCAGAGCAGGGAUGAUAAUCAGACUCCUGCUGCACAGCAGUGUGAUCCAGUCCAGUCCAGUCCAGUCUAGUGAUAUUAAACUGCAGUUACAAUGUAAUUCCAGUCCAGUCUAGUGAUAUUAAACUGCAGUUACAAUGUAAUUCCAGUCCAGUCUAGUGAUAUUAAACUGCAGUUACAAUGUAAUUCCAGUCCAGUCUCGUGAUAUUAAACUGCAGUUACAAUGUAAUUCCAGUCCAGUCCAGUCUAGUGAUA